AUGAAGCGUUCUGCGCCAACAUCGAAAGCUGCGCCUAAAGCGAAGAAGCCUCGACCUGAGAUCCCAGAUUAUCACCUUACCCCGUCGCUUCGUGAUGUUGAUGGCGAGAUCAUCUGGCCGGCACCCAAAGACCAGAUGGCAGAAGCCAGAAGACUCAUAGUUCAAUGUGCCAAUUCAAACAAGAAGACUCUAAUCUGCCCGGACAAGGACGCCGAUGGACUCACUUCAGGUGUGAUCCUGUAUCGGACGUUGACGCUUCUGGGGCUCUCCUCAGACCUCAUUUCCGUUCACUUUCCCGCCAAAGGUAACAGCCUUCACGACGACGUCGAGCGCGAGACCAUGACCAAGCUCUCGCCGUCCUAUAUCUUUGUCCUUGAUCAAGGCUCUCGGCACUCUCCUCCUUUGAUUCCUUCUCCGCACCAGGCUCUCGUGAUCGACCACCACUACGCCGCCUCCUCCUCCAACUUUCCGGAAGGAGCUAAAUUUGUGACAGCAUGCAAUUCACCGCCUGUAGCCACCUCUUCAUUGCUCACCUACGAGCUCUGCCUUCCCCUGCAUGAAGGCAUCCAAGAAUCCUGUGACUGGCUGUGCGUCAUGGGCACCCACGGGGACCUAGGCAAUACCAUCAAGUGGUCUCCCCCAUUCCCAGACAUGACCGCCUCUCUCAAAAAAUACACCAAGAAAGCCAUUAACGACGCGGUAUCCCUCCUCAACGCACCGCGGCGGACAUCCACCUACGACGUGUCCUCCGCCUGGUCCGCUCUCCUCGCCUCAUCCACCCCCUCCGAGCUCCUGACCAACAGAAGGCUCCUAGCCGCGAGAGCCGAAGUCAACGCGGAGGUCGAGCGCUGCACCCAUACGGCCCCCAAAUUCUCCAUCGACGGCAGAAUUGCUGUAUUUCGCAUCAACAGCCCUGCACAAGUUCAUCCCGUCAUCGCCACCCGAUGGGCCGGGCAUCUCCAAUCCAGGAAGCUCGAGAUCGUACUAUGCGCUAAUGAAGGCUACCGCGAUGACGGAAUGGUCAACUUCUCGUGUCGGGUUGCACGGUGCGCCCGGGAUAGGGAUCCGCCUGUUAAUAUCAUUGAGAUUUUGAAGGCUGUUGCUCAAGCUGCCGAGAAAGGGGAUUUACUUGAACGGCUGGGCGAGUCGUUUGCGAGGGGGCACAACGAGGCGUCUGGAGGGAUUGUGCCAGCGGAGGAAUUUGAGGAGCUGAUAAGGGCGCUAAGGGUUGGUGAGAAGCCGGAGAAGGAAGAGGCGACCGAGACGAAGAAGGGGAAGAGAGAGACGGGCAGCCUGCAAAAAAACACACUGACGAAUUAUUUCGGGAAGAAAGGGGCUUGA